UCGGCCUUUUCCACUGCCAUGCGAACUCUCAGCAGGAGCGUUCAUCGCGCCGUGCGCCGCUGGAUGGGGCGACGAGGGAGGAAACAACUAAGCAACAGCGGAUCCUCGACCGUAGACCGUAGAGGGUCGGGACCGCCGCAGCAGGUCGAGGCAGGGUCCAACUGCUGCCCAAGCUUGCCACCGCGCACGCGGCAUGCAGAAGCCGUCCGAGAGCGAGCGGGCCCAGUCAAGCACAGCGGCCCGGGCCCUGCAGCCAGACCCGGCACACGCAGAGGAGAAUGACGACGACGGAGAUGUCCAAAGUCACGCAGGCUGCCCGCUGCCGGCGACCGCACGCUGCACAGGAGGCCCCAGACAGCUGGAGCAGCUCACGUCGGCGGCGCAGCACGCGUCCCUCUCCGCAUCAAGUUCAGUUGUAGUACAGCUCCAGGCCCAUCCCGUCCUUGAUCUCGUAAUCCUCCAGGGUGAUGUGGUCCUUGUAGAUGUUGUACCACUUCUGGAUGCGGAUCUUUUCCCAGCGAGUGCCGCACUGGGCCGCGAUUAGCUUCUUGAGGUCGCCCACGGUGUCGUCCGGGUUGCACUUCACGCGGAUCUUGCGCCCGAUCCGGUCGUUACAGAUCACCUCUUAUCAGGCAGGCAGCCUCACAGACCCAGGAACGACGGGUGCGGGCUACAGCCAAAGCGACGAUUCAUAUAAGGUUGACCGUAGAAACCUACGUACGCAAAUUCUUGGGUCAGAUAUUCGGCUCUGGGGGGGGGCCUCCCCUCGUGUGAUGGCACACGGCCCACCUCGAUCAUGCCGCCCCCGCGCCCGCCGAGCGACGCCGCCUGGGCGACUGGGCGCCCUGCGGGGCCGCGCAGAUUGCGCCCCGGCCCCCGUGGCU